AAUCGUUUGCAUUUCUUUCCAAGGACGUUGAUUUCUUUGGAUCUUUGAAGGAGCGUUCACGUUUUCUUUUCUUGUUGAAGAGAUGAUUUCCUCCUGCGUUAGAACCACUGAGUAGACAGAACUCGAAUCGUUAUAUUUUUCUUAACGAUGUCCUCGAGUUUAAUAGCGGCCGGCAUCGCGCUUGCCGCCGUCGGUUUCACCGGAAGAGCCAUCCUGCGGUCGUCGAAAGCGUGGUCCAAGACCUUGCAGGAGAGCUGGAAGUCGCUGCCGACCGCGGACGCUCUCGUGGGCUCCAAGUACUACAAAGGCGGGUUCGAGACGAAGAUGAGCAAGCGUGAAGCCGGGCUCAUCCUUGGCGUGAGCCCAACGGCGAGCAAAUCCAAGUUGAAGGACGCUCACAAAAGGAUCAUGCUGCUGAACCACCCUGAUCGCGGAGGAUCGCCCUACCUCGCUGCCAAAAUCAACGAGGCCAAGGACUUGCUAGAGGGCGGAAAGGCAAAGUGAUCGACGUCGUCUCUGUUUUAUACCACUUUCUCCAUCAAGUGUGAAGAAAGUGCGCUGUAGUCCUGCCAAAUGAAAGCUAGUGUUUGACUUUACUGUCAAAGAUGUUAUGGGCCGAAAGGUCUAGUACGCUCAUAGAGCUUAAUCUAAACGUAGUGCAUCGUGCCACAAAGACGGGGAGUUUAGUUUUGCCAUGAGGUUUCUGUUUGCUGCUUAAAUAGAUGGCUUGUAUGUCA